UCUUGUGUGGACAGAUUUGCAGGUAGUGAUUUAAAGUUAACAAUAAUUUAAGGUCGCACAAUGGAGGUUUUCCGGUGAAUAUUAGACCAAUAAGACAUAUAAAUCGACCCGAAAUGCUAUAAAACAUGUGGAUUUACAUUCCCCUUGAGAAGAAGUUUCUGUGGCGCGUGUUUUUGCUGCUCACUUGGACUGCUGUACAGACUUUCGGAGCUUCUUUCUAUGGAGAUGGUUUUGUGCAUUUGAAAACAGUUGAGUUGUCAAGUCAGACAUCUAUCCAUGUACGGUUUCGAACCUCUGGAUCCAGUGGACUGCUGUUUUUGGCAGCCGGAGAGAAGGACUUCCUCUGGGUUGGGCUGCAUUCUGGCAGAAUAGAGGUGCGGAUUGAGUUUGGAUCUGGGGAACAGACUGUUCGCUCUGAGAAGGGUAUCCCUUUGAAUGAUCUGACCUGGCAUGCAGUAGAACUCCAGCAUGACCAUGAAAACAUUACACUGACUGUGGACAAAAACUCUGUAACAACUGUAAGGAUGCCAGGGCCUGACCUUGAGCUGGACGUGCAGGAUGGUCUUUUUGUCGGAGGCGUUGGAGAUCUGGAAAAAUCCUACCUCUCAGCAGAUGAUUCUUCUUUUGGCUUUCGAGGGUGUGUGGAUGAGGUUCUUUUCAAUGAGCAUAACCUUCUGUCGUCCCUUAGGCCAUACUCUGGAUACAAAAUGAUUCAUGAAGUGUCACUUGGUUGCAGUCCAGAAUUCUCAGCAACUGUCAACAAUUCAAUAAGUUUCUUCAGUUCCAAAGCGUACAUGUCAUUGCCAAUGUGGGACGUGCCUCAAGAAGGUGUAUUUGAAUGUGAACUUCGAACAGUAUAUUCAGAGGGGAUAUUUUUAUACAGCUCUGCAGGCCAAGGAGACUACAUUGCCCUGGAGAUCCAAAAGGGUCACCUUGUUGCCAUCCUAAAAAUAGGUGCAACCAAAACAGUAUUGCGUUCAUUGAUGGUCGUCAAUGAUGGGGCAUGGCACAUUUUGCGGCUUUAUCUGUCUCCUUUAAAUCUUCAGUUUACUCUUGGUUUGGAGAUGCACAAUUCUAGCUUUGGGAUUAAUGCCAGUGCAUUACAGUUUAUCGGGCCUCUUUUUCUAGGAGGGGUGGAUGCCAACACUUACACAGACGUCCGCAAGAAUGGACUGCUGUCUAUGUUAGGCAAGCGUAUAGCAGGAGGGUCAUUUAAAGGCUGUCUUCGAAAUAUCAGAGUUAAUUACCAAAGGAUGGGCCUUCCAAAAGCAUUGGUUACCAAGGACAUAUCUGUUGGUUGUGAACCAGAAAAGCUAUUUGGUCCUACUACUGCAAGUCCAUCAACUAACGCCUUAUAUUCUGAAAAUUAUACAGAUGUUCCAGCUGAGCUGGACAAAAGGAAUUUUCUUUUACUCAAAGAUUUAGAGGUUCUUGAAGGUAGUCGAGCACCACUUGAGUCUAAACACAUAAAGAUUAAUCUAGACUUCCGUAAGCUUGGGAUCCGUCAGUCACAGAUUAUGUUUCGUAUUGAGGAGCAGCCAGUCCAUGGGCAACUCCGACUGGAUGUUGACUCUGAUUUGGGCGAGAACACCUUUAGUAUGCUGGACCUCUGGCACAAAAGGGUCAUGUAUGUCCAUGGAGGAUCUGAGGACCUAUUUGAUUUUUUCAUGUUUUCUAUCUUGACCAGCAGCAAAAAGGAAGUGCCUAGCUGUCUCAAAGGGAACCGCCUGCACAGAUUCAACAUCAGUAUAACACCUGUCAAUGAUGCUCCUGAACUUAGUCUCCCUGAAGGCAGUCUCUUCAUUAUGGUGGAGCACUCAAGACGUCAUUUGAGCACAGAUGUCCUCAGAGUCAUCGACCCUGACACGAACUCAACAGAUCUUAAGUUUACAGUGCUUGGAAACCUGAUUGUUAACUCAGGGUUUAUAGAAAUUGACGAACACCCAGGCAAAGCAGUGACAUCCUUUUCCCUAAGUGAUCUAGAGGAGGGUAAAGUGAAUUAUGUGCACAAAGGUGUCAAGAACUCCAGAAUGGCACUUAGAGUAAGUGAUGGGGACAAGGUAAGCAACACUGUGGUAUUUAGGAUCAUCGCUGUUCCCCUAGAAUACAAGCUCACCAACAAUACUGGAGUAGAGGUAAUCCAAGGUGAUGCAACCUUUAUUAGUAACAAAAAUCUUGCUAUUCAAGUGAACGUCCCUAAACAAGCAGUGGAUAUUCGCUAUGAUAUCACAGUGCCACCAGUUUAUGGUGAGCUGCAAAGGCUACAUUCAAGUGGGCAGUGGAAGCAAACAAGCACAUUUACACAGAAACUUUUGGAAAAGGAGCGUCUCCGAUACCUCAGCACCUUCCAUGGGACACAGCAAAGUAAUAUCACAGACAGUUUCAAAUACAAAGCCACACUUGGCUCAGUCAUUACUGACGAGUUUUUAUUUCUGAUUAGAGUUCGCUGGAUACGAUACAGAAUCACCAAAAAUAAGGUUGAGAUAGAGGGUAAACAAAAAGUCACAUUGUCACCUCAAGAAUUUCAUGUUGUCACCAAGGGUGCAAGACUUACGGAAAAUGACCUUCACAUUCGUUUGUUGACAUUACCAAGGAAAGGACAUCUUCUUCUUGAUAAUAAGAUUUUAAAAAGGAACUCUACUUUUAGCCAAGAUUGCAUUGCUAAACAAAAGUUACAAUAUGAGCUCUUAGAAAAGGCACAUGAUGAUGCAAGGGACAUGUUUCAUUUUCAGGUUUUCUCAAAAUAUGCCAUGUCGGGGAUCCAUGAGUUCAAAAUCAGUAUUAAAGCAGAUAUUCAUGAUAUAAUUUUAAGUAAUCAUGGACUUUCUGUCUUGGAAGGGGAGAGCAAGGUCAUUACUAACACGAUGCUUUUCUCAGAGACAGCCAGCUCCCGAAUGGUACACUACACUGUUACUAACAUCCCUAAACAUGGGAUACUGCAGAAAAUAAAUCUCUCCAAUUCCUCUUCAAGAAAUGACACCAUAACAGAGUUUACUAAUCAGGACAUUUUGGAUGAACGCAUAAUGUAUGUCCAUGACGAUAGUGAAACCACACAGGAUGCAUUCAGGUUCGUGGCUUCUUUUGGCUCUCUGAAAAAUAAGACUCUCGGUACGGAGGGUGUAUUUAAUAUUUCCAUUCAGCUAGUUAAUGAUGAGAAACCAGUUCGUGUUGUGGAUAAAGUCUUCCAUGUGGUGCAUAACAGUCAGCGGUUACUUACACUGGAAGACUUGUGCUACCAUGAUCCGGACACAGACUUUGAUGACAAAGAUCUGCUUUAUACUAGACGAAAGAUCCCCACGGGUGAGCUAGUCCUGGUAAAUGACACCACACACAAGCUUUAUCAAUUCCAUCAGAGGGACUUAGAAGAGAAGAGAGUGCUGUUCAUUCACAAAGGAGCAAGUUAUGGUCGCUUCAUCCUCUUCAUAUCAGACAGCAAACACUACACAUCAACAGUACUUGAAGUGUCAGCCCAGGAUCCAUUUGUUGAAGUGGGCAACAACACGGGUCUUUUGGUACAGAAAGGGCAGGCAGCCAUUUUAGGAGUUGCUAAUUUCAGUAUUUCCACUAAUAUGGAUGUCAGGCAUGAUGAAGAAGUGGUCUUUGAGGUCUUUCUACCACCAAGCCAUGGGACUCUUUACUGCAAUGGAAUCAAAACAAAUACUUUCACACAACAUGACGUAAAGAUGGAUCAUGUAAUAUAUCAUCAUGAUGACAACGAAAUCCUGGAGGACUUUUUUAACAUCACUAGCAAAGUGAAAGGUUUGCAUCUGGAUGUAAGUGUGAACAUUAAAGUGUAUCUUGAGAGUCAUCAGCAGCCCCCAACAGUCAUUCACAAUAACCCAAUCUUGGUGGAUGAAGGAAAGCCUGUUAAAAUCACCAAGGAAGUUCUCCAGGUUAUUCAUGAGGAUAACAAACCUUAUGAAUUUUUGUAUACUGUGAAGGUGGCACCCGCUCAUGGUUUUCUGAGGAUAUCUAUGGUGAAAGAAAGUCACUACCGUGGCAGCCAGGAGAGUCCCAUAGAGAGCUUUUCACAGGGUGAUAUUAAUGAAGGGCAUGUUCAGUAUGUUCAGAACGAGAAAGGGUAUGUCAAUGACUCCUUCGCACUUGAUGUAACCAAUGGCAUUCUAACAUUACGUGAAGUUUAUUCAUAAACUAAUUUCGAGAGGAUCACGUGCUUAUGAUUUAUCACGUCCAGUCUCGCAUUU